AUGCAGCGAGCCGUUGCCCAAGGAACAAAAGCAGUUUCUGUGAGUUACUCCUUUUUUUCUUUCCAAUUUUUUUUAAGAAUCAGCUAGUUCCAGUUUUUUGAUUAUUUUUCUUAAAACAUGAGCAUUUGAUAAAUUUUAAAAAUGUUGUUUUUUGAAGAUUUUUUCAAAUAUCUACUUGACCGUCGGUAACUCAAACUGGAAUUUUCUGAGCAUUUCACAUAUUCACUUAGGAGUGCUGAAGCCCAUCACUAGAGAUGCUCAGAAACGUCCGGUUUGCGUUACCGAGAUCCGAGUACACAAGCGAAUAGGAAAGGUACCAUAAUAUGUCCACGAGUGUAUUUCUCAAAAUAUAUCGCGUAGAUUCAGCCUGCUUAGGACAGCCGGCCGAUUUACGGUAGUUUAAAAAGGUUUUUCGAAAAUUUGUGUAUUUUUUAAUAUGUGACCUAUUUUAUGGCCUCGACUGACAAGUUCUAGAAAAUUGUAAAAAAAGGAAAAAAAAUUUUCUGGCUCCGCAACAACGGCGCAGUACGGACCGGCCUUCUUGGCACUGUCUUAAACAAGAUUCAAUAAAAUGUUCAUUGGGACGUCUCCAAUAUACUAUUAGGUUAUAUCUGGGCCAUACCAAAGGUUUUUGAGGGUAUAUUUCAAGUUUAUCACAUUUUGCACAAAUGCCGGAGAGCUAUACUCGUGGUACCAUCGUUAAAAUUCAGGCUCUUCCUGAAGCCUCAUCGUGAUUUCCUUUCACGAUUCGCUUUCGUAGAGAUUGCAUUGCUAUGAAAUCGAGAAGAAAUUUUCCAUUUUAUUUUUGUUUAUUUUACUUAGUUUCUCCAUAUGUUUCGAUUAAAAAAAAAAUUUAACCCAACUUUUGAAGCGAACCGCUGCGGUGAUCGCUGGCGCCGCCGGUUUCACGGGCUUGGGGCUUGUGUACGCCUUGGAAAACUCGGUAAGCGCCAGCAGUGAUGCCGUUCAUCCUUAUCACUUACCCUGGUCGCACGCUGGACCAUUUUCUUCAUUUGAUAUUGCUUCGUGAGUUUUUUCAAUAUAAUUAUUUAUUAAAAAGUUUUUUGUUUUAUCUAGAAUGUGAAUUGUAAAUAUUUGAUUUAUUGAAUUUUUUCAAAACCUUCAUCGUGAAAAUUGAUCAAAAUAAUUUUUUUCAGCUUUCUUUAUCAUUAAUUUUGUGUUCUCAGGGUUCGCCGUGGUUAUGAAGUCUACAAGCAGGUUUGCGCUGCAUGCCAUUCAAUGAAGUUCAUUCACUACCGUCAUUUUGUGGAUACUAUCAUGACAGAAGUGAUUUUCGCCCUUUGGAUGAACUGAAUGGCGAUUUAUCGUAGGAAGAAGCGAAGGCGGAGGCUGCCGACGCGUUGAUAAACGACGUCGACGACCGAGGAGCCCCGAUCCAGCGUCCUGGAAUUCUCACCGACAAGCUCCCUGCUCCUUACCCUAAUAAGAAGGCCGCUGCUGCAGCCAACAACGGUUUUUUUUUUCGAUUUUCAUUUUUCCGGAAUGAUGAAGUAUUUUCGAAGUGAAUUUGUUUCUGAAAGUUUGAAAAACUUUAGUCAGAACAACUUAAGCGAAAAAAAGUUUCUGAUGGUGGAAAACGUCGAGAUAGUGCAAAAAGGGGAUAAAAUUUUCACCCAAAAUGGCAUUUUGUUCGUUAUCUCAAUUCAAAAAAUCUUUUUGUAUUUCGACAUUCAUUUAACUUCAAUUUAAAAUUUUUUCAAAGUUUAGAUUUUCAAUGCAACUCUCGAAAAAAAUUAUAGCAUAUUUUUUUAGCUAGUUGAAUUUUCUUUCUGUCGCUUAAAAAUGACAAUUUACUAUCAAAUUGUUAAAAGAAGAAAUGAGCAGAAUUUUCUAUAGAGGGUCUCAUCUAGAAAUUACUAAUUUUUGAAAUUAUAGGAGCUGCGCCACCGGACUUGUCUCUCAUGUCUUUGGCGAGACACGGAGGAGACGACUACGUCUUCUCCUUGCUCACAGGUUACAUGGAAGCUCCAGCGGGUAUCAAGGUUUUCAAGAAUACUGAGUUGAAGCUGAGAAACUGUUGGUUGAGGUUGAUGAUGGAAAGGCGUACAACCCGUACUUCCCUGGCGGCGUCAUCUCUAUGCCUCAACAACUGUUCGACGAAGGAAUUGAAUACAAGGUUUGUUUCGAAAAGAAAAGGCUUUGUUUCAUUCCCAAGGGUGCAAUUUUGAAAAAAGUCAUGAAUUUUUCGGAAUUAUUGUGGGGGAAAACGAAAAAGUUGAAAAUAUCAACAUUGUCAGGCUCCUUGAUUUUUUCACUUCGAUUCCUCGCCUGUAGCUAUCCAUUCAUGACGAAAAUCCUCAGGACGGAACUCCAGCAACGAUGUCUCAGCAAGCUAAGGACGUCUCGGCCUUCAUGCAUUGGUGUGCAGAGCCAUUCCACGACACGAGGAAGAAAUGGGCUCUCAAGGUAUUUUUUUUAUUUCAAAUAAACCAUUCAUGAGAGAUCUCGAAGAACUUACUUAAAACAAAACACCAGAAAGAAAACCUAUCGGAUAAUAAUUUAAAAAAAAAUUGCUUCAGCAUAUAUUUUUGUUUCUACGUUUGAAUGAGGAAGAAUUUAAAGAGUUUAAAGUAUCCUGAACUUUUAACGCUUUGAAGGCGAUAUGAACAGAUUGACGACGGGACUUUUUGGUUGCGUUUUGUUUCCAAAUUACCGCCUUGUGAUUAUAUUUGUUUGGCAUUUUCAACUGUUUUCGAUUCUCACGAAUGUUCUUCAGAUCGCUGCACUGAUCCCAUUCGUCGCUGUGAUUUUGGUGUACGGAAAGAGACACUUCUGGUCGUUCAACAAGUCGCAGAAGUUCAUUUUCAAGACGGUCAAGGGUCGCGAGCCCCCGAAACACCAGUAG